AUGGGUUUAGUGGUCUUUACUGGUAAAGAUACUAAAAUCAUGUUAGAUCAAGGUGAUACUCCUUCCAAGAAAGCCAAAAUCUCAGAUGAAACCAAUUAUGCUGUGAUCAUCAAUUUUGUCAUCUUGGUUUUACUCUGUGCUAUCAAUGCGAUUGGAGAUGGAAUCUAUUCAGGUAAUACGUCGACUAGUCCUUAUUAUUAUGAACAAAACGCAAGUAUCUUUUUGAUUGCUACAUUAGAUGCAUUGGUCACUUUCGGUGCAGCUUUGAUUCUGUUUCAAUCAAUUGUACCCAUCUCAUUGGUCAUCACUCUCGAAUUUGUUCGAACGAUCGAAGCUUUGACGAUUUUCAGAGAUAUCGAAAUGUACUAUGAACCCUCGAAUUGUCCAGCUGAACCUAAAUCAUCAAAUCUUUCAGAUGAUCUAGGUCAAAUCGAAUAUAUCUUUAGUAUUGCUUAUGGAGAAGGCGUUACUGAUGCGAUGAGAGGAGCAGCUAAAAGAGGGGCUGAUCAUGAUCCAUCUGCAUUAGAUGAUCCGACUUUAGCUGCUACUCAUUUAGCUGAAUCUGAACUAAGGAUGAUUGAUUUGAUGAAUCGACAUUUUCGACAUCGAUAUUUAAAUUCCGAAAGUCUUACCUUGAUCUCACCAGGAUUAGUGGAAGAUAUGUUCAAUGAAGAUCUUGAAUCAGAAGAACAUCGGAUUAGAAUGAUUGAAUUUUGGACUUCACUUGCUUUAUGUCAUGAUGUGAACGCAGGUAAAAGUGAAGGUAAAAUCGAAUAUAAAGCUGAAAGUCCAGGUGAAGCAGCCUUAGUAGCAGCAGCAAGAGAUUUAGGAUUUGUGUUUGUGAAGAAAUUAGGUGACCAAUUAUAUUUAGAAAUCUUGGGCGUCAAACAAAAGUAUCAACUUUUGAAGAUUAUCGAAUUCAAUAGUUCUAGAAAACAAAUGAGUCAUUUGGUUAGAUGUCCGGAUGGAAAAAUCAAAUUGAUCUGUAAAGGUGCUGAUAGUAUUAUUAUGGCAAGAUUAAGAUCAGAUCAUGAGUUAGAAUAUGAAAAUCGAACGAAUGCCAAGUUUUAUAAUGAAAAACAGAAAAAGAAGAAUGGAAAACAUUCACAACAACAACAACAACAACCGAUUAGAAGACUCAAUCUAGAUCUGAAAGUGUCAAAAUGA